AUUUAAAGCACACUAGUGCGGGUGCGGUUGCCCAUAGCCGCCUAACAUGCUGCAACCUGGCCUUAUGGCAGCAGCACAGGUUCACACAACAUACUCCUGGUCCCCGCAUAAGUCUCCGGACGAUAGCUGUUGGUGUUUGCCCAUUUAGAGACCGGGUUGUGCUAUAGGACAUUCAUUCGGGUUUAUAAUUUGUGAAAUCAGCCAGUUUUAUUUCCUUUUAUCGUCUUUGUUAGAUACCCCUCUCAUACCACAAAGCUACCGAGCCCCGUUGCUCGCCGACAACAUGGACUACGAAGCGUUGAAGGAUCAGUGGAGUGACGUCGAGGACCGCGAUGGCAUCAGACUUAGCUGGAACACGUUCCCAAGCUCUCGCAUGGAAGCAUCCCGGCUCGUCGUCCCUAUUGGUGCUGUUUACACUCCGCUCAAGGACAAGCCAGACUCCCCGUUGCUGCAAUAUGAACCGGUUACCUGUAAACCACCUUGCCGGGCUGUUCUAAACCCUUAUGCCAACGUGGACGUACGAGCCCGGAUUUGGAUUUGUCCUUUCUGUCUGAUGCGCAACCCUCUUCCCCCUCAUUAUAAGGACAUCACCGAGAGCACGAUACCGCCGGAGCUUCACCCUCUAAGCACGACUAUCGAAUACCAAUUGGCACGCCCCGCGCCUGCUCCCCCUAUCUUUGUAUACGUCGUUGAUACUUGCCAAGAGGAUGACAGCCUGAAGGCUCUGAAGGACACCUUGGUCAUGAGCUUGUCUUUGCUGCCAGCAAAUGCACUGGUUGGAUUGAUCACAUAUGGCACUAUGGCUCAAGUCCACGAGCUCGGCUACACCGAAUGCGCCAAAUCGUACGUGUUCCGAGGCAGCAAAGAAUACGCCGCAAAGCAAGUCCAAGAGAUGCUUGGUCUCCUCUCUCCGGGAGUGCGCCCGAACAUGCCUCAACAACCAGCCCGUCCGCCUCUUGGCCCCGCCGCACGAUUCCUUCUCCCUGUUCAGCAGGCCGAGUUCCAGAUCACCAACGUUCUUGAGCAGCUUCAACGCGACCCGUGGCCUGUUGCGAACGACAAGCGGCCUUUGAGAUGCACUGGCGUCGCUCUCAGUGUUGCGGUUGGGUUGCUUGAGACUUCCUUCCAGAACGCCGGUGGACGCAUCAUGGUCUUCACGAGUGGUCCAGCAACCGAGGGUCCGGGCCAUGUUGUUGGCCCCGAACUGAAGGAACCCAUGCGUUCUCAUCACGACAUUGACCGGGAUAACAUUAAGUACUACAAGAAGGCCGUCAAGUUCUACGAUGCCAUGGCUAAGCGUGCUGCUAACAAUGGGCACAUUGUUGAUGUCUUUGCGGGAUGUCUCGAUCAAGUUGGUCUUCUCGAGAUGAAGAACCUUGUCAACUACACAGGAGGUCAUAUGCUUCUCACAGACAGCUUCACGUCUUCACAAUUCAAGCAGUCUUUUGUCAGGGUCUUCGAUAAGGAUGCCAACGAUAACCUGUUGAUGGGCUUCAACGCAUCCCUCGAAGUCCUCACUACUAAGGAGCUCAAGGUUACUGGACUUAUUGGCCAUGCCGUAUCUCUGAACAAGAAGUCGAGUUCCGUCGGCGAAACAGAGUGUGGUAUCGGUAAUACUUGUGCUUGGAAGAUGUGUGGAAUUGAUCCUUCUUCGAGCUACGGUGUCUACUUCGAGAUCGCAAACCAAGGCGGGCCUGCAGCCGUGCAGCCGGGCCCCCAAAGGGGUAUGAUGCAAUUCCUUACAUACUACCAGCAUGCAUCUGGCCACUAUCACUUGCGGGUUACCACCGUCGCACGCAACUUGAGUGGACCAGCUGGAGAUCCUACGCUGGCACAAUCCUUUGACCAAGAAGCCGCCGCAGUUCUGAUGGCACGUAUUGCAGUCUUCAAGGCAGAGGUUGAUGAUGGUCCUGAUGUUCUCAGAUGGGUCGAUCGCAUGCUCAUCAGACUCUGCUCCCGUUUUGCGGAUUAUCGGAAGGACGACCCAACUUCAUUCCGACUUGAGAAGAAUUUCACACUUUAUCCUCAAUUCAUGUUCCAUCUCCGCAGAAGUCAGUUCUUACAAUUCUUCAAUAACUCCCCUGACGAGACAGCCUUCUACAGGCACGUCCUUAACCACGAGGACGUUGGUGAUUCUCUUGUUAUGAUCCAGCCAACCCUGGAUUCGUAUUCCUUGGAACACGAAGGCAGCCAGCCUGUCCUACUUGACUCGGCUUCCAUCCAGCCCUCUCACAUUCUUUUGCUUGACACUUUCUUCCAUAUCCUUAUUUUUCACGGUGAAACUAUCGCAGAAUGGAGAAAGGCAGGCUAUCAGGACCAGGAAGGUUAUGAGAAUUUGAAGACGCUUCUUGAGCAACCGAAGGAAGAUGCUAGGGAACUCAUUUCAGACCGUUUCCCACUGCCUCGUUUCAUCGUUUGCGAUGCAGGUGGAUCUCAGGCACGUUUCCUCUUGUCUAAGCUGAACCCAUCUACCACGCAUACGACGGGAGGAUAUGGUGGUGGUGUGACAUCCCAGACCAUCUUCACCGAUGACGUUUCGUUGCAGACAUUCAUGGACCAUUUGAUGAAGCUGGCAGUUUCAGGAACUAGCUAGAUACGACGGCGUCGUGACCAUUACGGGCGGUUCUACGUCGAUCUUUGGCUCUUUUGUAUGUUUAGCGGCUAUUUGAUUUUACUUUGUUACCCUGCAAUAUAAGAGCUACCUAGACCCAAUGGAUUAAAAUCUAAGUGGAUUGUAUACUAUAAUACUCCGUACUUCGGUACCUGAC